AUGGCAACGAACGGUUUCCGACCAGAGUAUGAAGACCUCGGUCGGUAUGAGGAUAUCCUCGGCCAGCUGCCGAUGCUGCAAGUCUACAGUCAUAUCAUGCUUCCUUUUGCCAUGCCCGAGGGAUUGUCACGAGACACCAUAAUCGCCGAUCUAGAAGCUGCAGUGCGCCAGAUCCGAGCUCAUGUACCCUGGAUGGCCGGCAAAGUCGUCAACGUCGGCAAAGGCCCAGACAAUUCAGGGCGAUACAUUGUUGUUCCCUGUCCGCCUCCGGAUCCUCUCAUCGUGGUGCGCGAUGUUACCCACGCCUUCCCUCCUUACAAGGAGAUCCAACGUCUAAAGGCACCCAAUUCGAUGCUGGACUCGCGUCUGCUAGCUCCGACAAAUGCCUUUCCUCAGCGCUUCGAGGACUCGGAGGAGGACCCAUUCCGGGUGAUUCGCCUCCAGGCCAGCUUUGUCGAAGGAGGAGUCUUUCUCGACUUUGUCACCCAACAUAACAUGACCGAUGCAGGCGGUCUUUUCGGCUUCGCCCGCCUGGUCGCCAUGGCUAUGCGGGGUGAACAAUUCUCCGAAUCUCUCCUGGAACAGGUCAAUCGCGAUCGACGCAACGUCAUCCCGCUAUUGACCCCGGACGAACCCAUGCUAGAUCAUUCCCACCACAUUCGACCCCCGAUCACAGACGCACAGCCAGUGGUACGCCCUGAUCCCGCCCGAUGGCAUUUCCUGCGCUUCACCGCAGCAAAGCUGGCCGAGCUGAAGGACCUCGCCAGUCAAACCAUGACCCCAGACCCAGAGGUGCCCUACAUCACGACUGACGAUGCUGUCAGUGCUUUCUGUUGGAAGAAGUACAUAACGGUGCGACACCGUCGAUGGAACACCCCGGACGCGCGGUCCCGAUUCUCCCGGGCCAUGGACGGCCGCAAGGUCCUAGGGAUCCCUGCCGAAUACAUGGGAGAUCUAGUUCACAAUGUCACCACUUGGCUCACAUUCCGAGAGCUGGUUGAUCUGCCGCUCGGUGAGAUUGCGCGUCACAUGCGCCGGGAAUUGAACAGGGCGAAUACCGCUUACCACGUGCGAAGCUUUGCGACAUUCAUCGCGCAGGAACCUGACAAGUCUACGAUUGCAUAUGGCGGGCGCUUCAACCCAGACACAGAUGUGGGAUCGUCGUCGGUACUACGCGUAGAUCUGUUUCCGGUGUUUGGGAAGCUGGGGCGACCGGACUUCAUUCGGCGACCUAAUUUCCCUGGCAUUCCGUUUCCCAGUCUGCUAUACUUCUUUCCACAGAACCCUCAGGGAGAUUGUGACUCGCUGACCUGUCUGACUGAUGCCGAUAUGGAGGCUCUCAAUCAAGAUUCGGAGUGGACUUCCAUGGUGGAGUACAUUGGGUAA